AUCAUUCAAAUCCCUCCCCACAAGUAUCAAUAAAGAGGAUGAACAUGGCUAACCACGUCAAAACUUUUCAAGUCCUCAUUCUUGCAUUCUUAUCCAUGGUGAUCAGUAUUGUUCAUGCAAGAGUAGUUCCAACUGUGUUCGUCUUUGGAGACUCCAUAGUUGAUGUGGGAAACAAUAACUUCUUGCCAAACUGCACAGCCAAGGUCAACUUCCAUCCAUAUGGCGUGGACUUUCCAAACGGAACAUCGACAGGCCGGUUCACUAAUGGGUUCAAUGCUGCUGACUGUAUAGUUCAGAAGUUAGGGUUGGAGAUGAGUCCACCACCUUUUCUCUCUCUGAACUCAUGGACUCAAACACUUGGAGGUGUCAACUUUGCUUCUGGAGGUUCAGGCCUUCUUGAUGCAACAGGAGCAAGAUUUAUUCAGGUUCUUUCCUUGGGGAAGCAAAUGACAGACUUUGAGACGGUUGUUGCUAAUCUCAUAUCAAAUUUAGGAAUCAAUAAAACUCGGAAGUUGAUUGCAAAGUCCAUCUUUUUUGUGAGCACUGGAAGCAAUGACUUGUUUGAAGAUUUUCAAGCCAAUCCUGCAAAGAAUGAGACUGAGAGAUGUGCAUUUAUUGAAUCACUUGUUGCCUCUUAUCAGGUCAAUUUGGAGGCAUUGUAUCUCUUGGGAGCAAGAAAGUUUGCUUUGUUAAGCAUUCCACAAAUUGGAUGCACUCCAGCCGCAAGAGCCAUUAAUAACUCUUCUGGUAAUUGUAAUGAGGAUUUGAACGAGUCUGCACGCAAGUUCUACAACUCAAUGCAGGUCAUGUUGAAGGAGCUCAGUUGUAAUCUCCAAGGUUUCAAGUAUUCACUUGGAAAUUCAUAUGGGAUGGUUGAUUUUUUCUUUAAAAGCCCUUCACGAUUUGGUUUCACGGAGCUAACGGAUGCAUGCUGUGGAAACCAAACCCUAUGUCUUCCAGGAUCCACCUUCUGUGCAAACAGAACAGAGUUCUUGUUUUGGGAUGUGAAUCAUCCAACAGAAGCUGCUUAUAGAGUUGCUGCUCAAACACUUUUUGUUGGGUCAAGGGAGUUUGUGACUCCAAUCAACUUUGGCCAAUUGGCAGCUAUCAAAACCUAAAUCACAAUAUACGUAUGUAUAUAUAUUCCACUAUAUAUCAAUGCAUCUUAUUUAUCUCUCUUCAUCAAUAGAUAAAUGUAUGGUAUCCAUGCGUAUAAUA